AUGUCAAUCACCUAUCAAGCUCACAUGAACCCAAGUCAUGUGGUGACUUGCACGAGGGAUUGUGGUGUGGAAGGUUACGGAGGUCCACAAGACCCACGGAAACUCUUGGAUAAUGGAGACUUUGGGCUAACUACUUGGGAGCCCCAAAGAGAGCUUGGGUACAAAAUCCAAAUACGAGAAGCAGUCGUUCGCCCAAAUUGUUUAACCAUUCUUCGCUUUAAAACUUAUGUGGGAUUGCAACCACUUCAUGAAAACGAUGUGGGAAUGCGACUACUCCCAACCACCACCUCUUUCACACUUUGCCAUCAGAGUCUAGAGAGAUAUCUUUGGGAAGGGCGGAAAGGUGGCUGUGUAUCCCAUCUAGGGGUGGACUUGGAAAAGAGAGAGAGAAGAGAAGGGAAAAAAGAGACAAAGACAGAGAGAGAAAGAAGAAGGAAAAAAUAA